CUAACUUUCCCGAGCCCCGACCCGCGGCGCAGAGCUCCCGGCAGCUGAGAGGCAGAUUCCCGACCCCUGGCGGAGAGAGCUGCGGUGCCCAGUGCCCCAUCCAUCCCCGCGCUCCGCUCCGCAGAGAACAGGACGAUGUCCGGGGCUGGGGACCGAGGCAAAGCCCAGGCGAGAUGGCCGAGCACUGGGUUUUUGGGUCUGUUCCUGCUUCCCGUAUCCUUGUCGCUGGAGGUGUCAGUGGGGAAGGCCACCACCAUCUACGCUGUCAAUGGUACGGAGAUCCUACUGCCCUGCACCUUCUCCAGCUGCUUUGGCUUUGAGGACCUCCGCUUCUGGUGGUCCUACAAUAGCAGUGAUACGUUCAGAACUCUUAUAGAAGGGAUCGUGAAGAAUGAUAAGUCUGAUCCCAAGUUGAAGUUAAAAGAUGAUGACCGAAUCACUCUGGUGGGCACAACUAAGGAGAAGCGGAACAACAUAUCCAUUCUGCUGAGGGACCUGGAGUUCAGCGACUCGGGCAAAUAUACCUGUCGUGUGAGGAACCCCAAGGAGAAGGACUUCGAGCAUCAGGCAACCAUCAUCCUCCAAGUCGUUGAUAAACUGGAAAAAGUGGACAAUACGGUGACGCUCAUCAUCCUGAGUGUGGUGGGCGGGGUCAUCGGACUCCUGGUCUUCAUCCUGUUGCUGAAGAAGUUCAUUGCCUUCAUCCUCAAGAAGACCAGAGAGAAGAAGAAGGAGUGUCUUGUGAGUUCCUCAGGAAAUGACAACACAGAGAAUGGCUUGCCAGGCUCCAAGGCAGAAGAGAAGCCACCCACAAAAGUGUGAGGCCCUGCUUUGGGCCAAGCAGCACAGGGAGCCUUGCUUUCUGACCAUGACACUGAUGCUUGAGCCCUGUCCAUAGAACUCAUGUGCCUGAGACAUCUUCUGCUUGGCUCAAACUGUAGUCUUUCCUGGCAGGGAGAAACUGGGGUCCUGCCUGGCCUGUCCCACCCGCUCCCCAGCCAGGCUUCCCGGGGACAAGGGCUGACAAGGGGUUGGGGCCUUUAGAAGUCAGAAGAGGAAAGGAGGGGUUGGGAUGGUGUUGAGGGGCUGGUCCUCCAACACCAGGAAAAUGGGGUUUACUCAGGCUCCCCAUCCUGAGUGAACCCUUCCUUGGUUUUCCUUUUGUUUUCUUUGCAAGAGGGACUUAGGGGAUCAGUGGGGUUUGCCUGAGAAGCUGGACCCUGGAGAUGGGGUGAAGGAGGAGCCUUAUGUGGAGAAGAAGACUCUUUUGAUGGUGGGGAGUGUGCUAGAGGACUCUGGAGAAGACCUAGGGACAGGAGCUGCUGGAGGGGGCACACAGUGAGAGGCAAUCUGGGCUUUUGAAGCUAACUGGUCACCCACAGUCCCUCAAAUGAGGAGUUUCCCUUUUAUGCCCUCUCCUCUGAGAUUCUAAAUCCUUCUCAGCUAGGCCUGGCUGCCUUGGUCUUGAAAGUUCUUUCCCACCUAGCCAACUCUUCAGUUCUCCAGGUUGCUGAGGGGCUCGUGGAGGGGCGCCUCAAUCCUUUCUAGAGCACUGGAGUUCUACCUAUGCCUUUCCUAGCAUUUCAUACUGAGGAAUGGGGCUGCAGAGGUGGUUAAGCCAGUGUCCUGGGCCUCUUGGCCAUUGGGAUGCCUACCCCAGGCCUCCAAUCCUGGCAGUCCCUCUCCUUGGCAUGGCAGGACCAUUGCCAUCCUGAGCACUCCUGAGCCUGAUUCCCUUGCUCUUUCUCUUCCCAUGAAACACCAGGGAGUGUCAUCUUGCUAGAGAGAUUGUACCCUCUUCCCUCCUACCUCCCAUGCCCUCCCAUUGGCUUGCUCUUCUGGUGCCCCUCUACCACACCUUUGUCCCUGCUCCCAGGGUUGUGCAUCCCCCAGCCCUGGGUUUGCCUUUGCCUCAGGGAUCCUCUUCCUUGGGUGAGAGAGCCCUCAGGUUUUCUAGCUGCUUCCUGCUCAGCAGGUUCCCCUUGUGUUAUUCUGAGUUUUUGGAGAAGCAGGGAGAAGGGACCCACACUUUUCCUCUGCUUGCUGCAGAACUAGUUUGCACAGUCCUUGAAUGUGGGGCUGGACUGUGCCUUAGCUCCUUGAGUCCCAGCUCCUGCCCUCACUUCCUCCCUCCCUUUCCAGCCCAUCUUCCCUGACCUAACUGCAUAGUGAUGUGGCAUGGGUUCCCCAGCUUGUGGAGGAGGUCAUGAAGUUGUGUUAUUGAUGGCCUCUUGGCCAGGGACUGAAACCUGGAGACACCUGCCCAGUGCUUCCAUUUGGGAUCCUGACAGGGAGAUGUGAGUGUUGCCCUCAUUUAUUCCCAUGCCCUUGCUCUCUUAUGGGUUUCCUACUGGACACUGCCCUCUGGGCGCUAAGGAGGGACAGAAAGGAGGAGCCUUCUUUUCUCCCAGAUGCAGCUUCAAGCGUCUCAGGAUGGAAGUUGGGGGAGGCUGAGGAACAGCAACACCUGAAUGUUCUCAUGGCCGUGGCCAUGUUCCUUGCUCAAGCUGGCAGGAUUGCAAAUCCCCCCUCUGAUCUGCCUCCUCCGUCCUGUCCUUCGCCUCAAACCCAUCCUGGGCUGGGGUUCAGAAUUGCCUGGCUUUGGGAGCAGAAAGAUGAGAGUCCCCAGCCAUUCAGAAAACUUCUAGCUGCCUCCAUGCAAAACUACUUUCUUUUCCCUUCUCAGUGUCAACAGCUGAAGAGACAGAGUUUUGUAGGGCUCCUCUUGCUCUCUUGAGAGGUCCCCAAGCUGUGUGGAACAAGAGAGGAACAUGUCAUCCUCUUUUCUUUCCCAGUCUACUGAUAACGUAAAGACGGGCCGUGCAGUUUCUCUGCACUCAGUUUUUGCCAUCUCUCCAAAAGGUGUAAUAAUACUUAACCUACCUCACCGGACUGUCGUGAGGCUUGGCAAGUUUUGUUUCUAAUUUUGGCUUGGAAAAGCAUCUGGGAAGCAGGAUUUAUAAUUGAACAGAUUGUUCCAAGUUGGUCUCAUCCUUAUCUCUGUAUCUCACCCCUAUCACACACACACACACACACACACACACACACACACACACACACACACACACUCUCUCUCUCUCU